CUAGACAAGCAUUUUACGAGGAAUUUAGAAAAUACGUUACUUGAAUCAUUUCUACCCUCCUCUCUCUUUUGAACCUAGUUAGUCGGGAGCGCAACGACCCCCCCCCCCAAAAUAGAUAACAUUAUGAUUUCAUCGAGUACUGACAAUUCAGCUGUAACUGUCUCAGCUCCCGGCAAAGUCCUGUUGGCUGGCGGUUAUCUCGUAUUAGAAGCACCCAAUGCAGGUUUCGUCAUCGCGGCCGACAAGCGAUUUUACACGACCGUGGAUGCCGGGAGUGACAAGGGCGAUGACCACGAAACCAAGCAUCUGAUGCGCAUUCGAGUCGAGUCGCCACAGUUUCAUUCGACUUGGAAUUAUACGUAUGAAAAAUCGAAAUGCCAACUGGUCCCAUCUCCCGAAAACCAAAGCGUAAAUCCGUUUGUGGAAAAAUCUCUGAGGGUGUGCUUGAUCUAUCUUUUGCAGUCAUCAAAAUCUGCCGGUUCCGCCAUUCCAUCCUCUCUGAAUAUCCUCAUCCGAGCCGACAACGACUUUUACAGCGUCUUGCCCCAUUUGCCCGCAGACUCAAAGAAAACCCCAGCCGAAGUCGCCGCUCUUCCAAAAUUCCUCCCGUGCCCCGUCGAUCCGGACACAGGCAAGGCCAUCGUUCACAAAACUGGGCUUGGUUCUUCGGCCGCGCUGACUACCAGCUUAGUGGGAGCGCUUGUCCAUUAUUUUUCGCGGCAAUCUCCCGACGAAACGGAUCAGCUAUCGCCGAUGAUCCACAAUCUAGCGCAAAUAUGUCACUGUCACGCCCAAGGAAAGGUCGGGAGUGGAUUUGAUGUCAGUGCCGCUUGCCACGGGACCCACGUCUAUCGACGUUUUCCAAAGUGUCUCUUGCCGGAUUUGUUACAACUUCUCGACCAAUUCGAGAAGCAGCCCGAUGGAAACAAUGAACAGCACGUGCUGCUUGGUGAAACCAUUACAAAAUUGGUCGAACUUGUUCCCUGGAAAGAAGAUAUGGUCACCCCAAUCAAGCUCCCGAAUGAUUUGCAGUUGAUAUUGGCCGAUGUUCGUGGGGGAUCAGAAUCUCCGAGCAUGGCGAGGACAGUUUUGAAAUGGAAGGCAGGAAACAAGAAUAGCGAAAACGACGAAGUUCCCCACUGGUCCGCUCUGUCGAGACUGAAUCCAAAGAUUGUUGAAUCCAUGCAAUUGUUGGCAACAGACGACACAAAGAACGUCAACUACGACUCUUUAGCAAAGGCGCCCUCGUCGGAGUGGUCAUCGGACGCCGAUUCCACUCUGAUUUCACUGCGGGAUACCUUUGUCCAGAUCCGCAACGAGUUGCGAUCAAUGGGGGAAGCCGCCGACGUACCGAUCGAGCCCCCACCGCAGCAAGAACUGUGCGACGCGACAUCAAAACUACCGGGCGUUGUUACGGCAUUGGUUCCCGGGGCCGGUGGAUACGAUGCCGUGGCGUGUUUGUACAUCAAUCGACCCGAGGUUGUGAAGUCAAUUGGUGAGUUGUGGUCCUCGUGGACUUCUCCGGUCGUGUGUCCGUUGGCGGUCCGGGCCGGUGAUGAAGGACUGCGAGUGGAGAACGAAUCAGACUUCAACGAAAAGAAGAGGAAACAAAUAGAGUAGUUCAAUAAUUUUGAAAAGUGAAU